AGAUGUAAUUCUAUUUAAAACCAGAAUGUAUAUUGGUUGGUUCCUAGCAAUUGUGUUGCUGCAGGUAGUCAUUGAGAUUUUAGGUUUGAUAUUUGCUAACAAAGAAUAUCUGUUCAUAUCUACACUGAAAAACGGGGAAACCACGACGGACAAUGUAUCAACUGCAACAUCAAUUUUCAGGACAGCAUUUCAAGGGAUACAAUCUUUCCUCGUGAAUAACUGGAGAAGAUCGAGAAUUACAUUGGUGUAUCUAAUUUCACUUAUAAUUUUGUUUAUAUCGAAUGUUGGUUUACUUGGAAUAGCAAUAAACAUAAGAUAUGAUACUGUGUUUGGAAAUUCAGAUAUCCAGGAUAUACUUUCGAGAUUUAGUAUAGCAAAUCACACAUUCAGCAAAGCUCUCAACACGUUUUCUAUCGUGGUUUUAACCUUUUCGUCAUUGUCGAUUGUUGCAAUUAUCUACUCUGUUGUUGCCAUUGUUUCAUGGAGAUGGAGGAGAAUAUUUUUAUAUACAAGUGCUGGAUUGUGGUGUGUUAUUUUGGUUGCAAAUAUAGUACAGAUAGGUUUAUGGGGGAAAUUUAUCUCCAGUGCAGACUCAGAUUUAGAAGGAAAAAUGAGAACGGAGUUAGCCAGUCGAUAUAGCUAUAUGUUUUCUCAUGCAUCAGGCCACAACCAUCGCGAAACAUCAUUAUCUUGGAAUACUUUAUUUGUAAAGGCUGAAUGCUGUGGUGUUGGGACCUACAUGCCGGACUCAUUUAUCUCAUCGGAUUGGUAUAUAAGCCGGCGGGAUUCGAACUCACAACGUAUACCGGUACAGUGUUGUAAAUCUCAGACAGAUGUGUAUCCAUAUACAAGUCAAUACGACACGGACUGUACAUAUAAUCUAUUUAACGGUUAUUACCAUAGUCAGGGAUGUGAUUCUGUAAUUGAAGACAGAUUAAAAAUGUUCAGCACACCGUUCUUUGUGUUUAUGGCAGUCGUCAUUUUAGCCGAGAUUUCGUGUAUAGUGAUGACAAUAUAUGAUGCUGUUCGCCUACCAUCUGAACCAAAUAUUAUGCAUCUAGAAGAGAAAGCAAAUGAAGGAAACGUAGAAUUAGUAGAAGUAGACGAAAAGCCCUCAUCAAAACCUAGAAACAUCGUUUCUGAUAAAAAAGAUAAGAAAAAGAAGAAAGAAAAAGAAAAAGAAAAUUCCGAAAAAGCUGCAAAAAGUGAGCGGAAGCAAUCAAUUGAAAAACAAAAAUCAUUCGUUAAGCAAAAGACAGAUGAAACUGAGAAAGUUAAUGACAAUGUUGAAAUACAGUCGUUGGAAGAGACAAAGAAAGAAAAUGAAAGAACAAGAACGAAUACUGAGGAAAUGAUUGAUUCAAAACAUUUGAAUCAAACAGAAAACACAAAAGAUGACAAAAAAGAGGAAACAGACUUAAGAUAUCAACAUAAAAACGAAGAAACAGAAAACAUGCAUCAAGAAAAAGAAGAUAUAACAAUGAAAGACACCAGUAUACAAAUCAAUGAAGAAACAGCUUCAGAUAGAACCGAAUUGAAAGACAAAUUAAUAGCAGAUGUUGAUGCCAAAGAUCUAGUUGAAGAUGACUUAUAGUGUUGAAUUCGAGUGUCGUAUUCGAGUGUCGAAUAAUACAUUAUGCUACAUACUCGUCAUUAAAUAAUGAUACACAACAUGUAACAUUUUGAUUUAGAUUUUUAAACUAUAAACUAUCAACUUAAAUAAAAUCAGC